GCCUGGUGCAGUGAUCCAGAGCGCGCUCAACCCAGGAAGAGGCAGCGGUGGUAGAACCAUGUGUUCUGCAUUCGCCUGGAAUGGACGGUAGAGAGAUGGAUUUUUAUGAGGACUACGAGUCCCCAUUUGAUUUUAAUACAGGAGUAAACAAAAACUAUCUCUACCUGUCUCCCAGUGGAAAUACGUCCCCACCAGGAUCACCUACUCUUCAGAAGUUUGGUCUGCUGAGAACAGACCCAGUACCUGAGGAAGGAGAAGAUGUUGCUGCCACAAUUGGUGCCACCGAGACUCUGUCAGAAGAGGAGCGAGAGGAGCUGAGAAGAGAGCUUGCAAAGGUAGAAGAAGAAAUCCAGACUCUGUCUCAAGUGUUAGCAGCAAAAGAGAAGCACCUAGCGGAGAUCAAGCGGAAACUUGGGAUCAAUUCACUACAGGAACUAAAACAGAACAUUGCCAAAGGGUGGCAAGAUGUGACAGCUACAUCUGCGUAUAAGAAGACCUCUGAAACCUUAUCUCAGGCCGGACAGAAGGCUUCAGCUGCUUUUUCGUCUGUUGGCUCUGUCAUCACCAAAAAGCUGGAAGAUGUAAAAUUGCAAGCCUUUUCACAUUCCUUUAGCAUACGCUCCAUUCAACACUCAAUUAGCAUGCCUGCUAUGAGAAACUCCCCAACUUUCAAAUCAUUUGAAGAAAAGGUCGAAAACUUAAAGUCUAAAGUCGGGGGAAACAAGCCUGCUGGUGGUGAUUUCGGAGAAGUCUUGAAUUCAACUGCAAGCGCUAGUGCCACCACCACGGAGCCUCUUCCAGAGCAGACACAGGAGAGCCUGUGAGCCCCCCACCUUUGUUCUGCUACUCACUGCCAGAUGCUGCAAGCGAGAUCCAAGCACAUCUUGUCAACAUUCAUUGCCAUGAACUUCCACCAGAUGUGCUUUUGUUGAGCUUUACAUAUUCCUUUGACCAAAUAGCUUGUGGGUUGAACAAUGUAAAAGUAUCUUCACUUCUAUUCCUGGGAAACACUCUUUAAUGUUAAUUUCAGCCCCUUUAUUUAGGAAAUAUCACAAUGAAAAUACAUCUAGUACCUGGGGAUCCUCACUGGAAUGAUAUGAGACGCUGUGGGUUAUCAUAAUUGCUUACACAGUUGCUCUGGGUGUGGGCUACCAGUUUGAUCUUUUUCUUUGAUACAGAUUUCUGUUUUUCCUCUUUGAAUCUCUGUAUAUUUGAUUCCUAGAUUAGACUGUUCUUUAAAAUGCUCUGCAUCCUGCUUAUUAAAAAAGUUUUGGCAAAAUGUUCUUUACCUCCGAGGGAAGAACUACCAGCUACACAAAAUACUUUUGAAUAUUGUUUGGGGAUAAAGUAUCUUAUAUCUUGGGUAUCUAAAGACACCAGACUAAAUAAAUCUGCUCUAUAUUCAGUUUCUUAUAGUUUUGUAAGUGACAUUAUGUACAGUAAUUUCAAAUCCUAGGUGAACUGAGAGUGGAGCCCUCUGUUUAUCACCAUCUGUGACAGUAACCAUUUCAGUGUCAUGGUUAUUAUGCCACUUAUAGCUACUUAUUUUUCACCAGAUUAAAAUUUUAGUUUUGGAGGAAAUUAUAAGGUAACAUUCUAAAUCAAGCAUAUUGUAUUAUCAAUAGGUUGAAAUUUGAACAUUGUCCUCAAACAUUCAGUUCCAAAGCCUGAAAGUUUUUUUAGAUCUAGGUAGCUGAAAAGUGCUAAAAUCAUUCACAUUAGGGGAAACACUGUCUUAAUUCAUUUAGUAGCAUUUAAAAUAAGCACACCAAGUUAUAUGACUAAUAUAACUUAAAAAAAUUUUUAUACUAAGGGGUUGGUAAUAACUCCUGAGGAUUUCAUGCAUUAAUAAAAAUCAACUCAUCAUUUUCUACUUACUUGUUUUCAGUUUGUUAGAAAUUACAAAAUGAUACUGUAGGCAUUGCCCCCUGUUUUGAAAACAGAGUGUCAGGGCUGAAUGAACCAAAGCCUCUGGAAGUAUCUGCAUGGAGGCCAAGGUACUCUCAUUAACUCUAGUAGUUACUUACCCAUCACCACUAUCUUUUCCUUAUGCUGUGUAUGGUUAUGGCCUACAAUGUUGUAUUUGUUAUUUAUCAAGUUGUGAUUGUUUUAUUGUUGUUUAUGCCAAAUGUUAAUUGCCAAGUUUGGAGUGACCUAAAGCAUUUUUUAAAAGCAUGACUAGAUUUACUUGGGGAUAAAUUAUCUUAUGAAAACCAAAUCUGAAAAGCUACAAGUGUUGAUUGUUAUGAAGUAACAUACUGCCCUUUUUGAUUGCUGGAGCUUUUGUGAGCACUUCAGAUGCAAUUGAAACUAUGCUCUAUUACAUGUGAAAAGCUUAAUAAAUUCUGUGUAUCAGUAGCACAGGUCUCAAUAUUUAUUAUGAGACCAAUGGUCUGGAAACAGCUUGUUGUAUUACAUAAUCAACUGAUACCCAGGCUUUUAAAAAAAAGCAAUUUUUUACCAUCUGCUUUAUAUCAUUGCUUCAUGGUAUCAUACUACCAUAAAUUAUUUACUUGAAAAGGCUUUAAGACAAAGGUUGUUGAAGCAUUGUCCCAGAGGAAUCCAUGUGUAUACAUUUGUGUUUUUAAAGAGAUACUAUGGUUACUCAAUAAGGCCGGUAAGUAAUUUUUUCAACCAGUUAGUCUUUCAGUUGCUUUUAUCACAUCUUUCAUCACACUGAUUCUUGGAUGUCCUGCCCUGUUCCUGUCUUUUAAUAAGGCAAAAAUGGAGAAGAUAGCGGUUUCUUUAAACAAAAUAUCCUCAAAUCUUUAUUUUAUGGGAGAAAUGAUAGAGAUAGGGUUGGAAGGUGGGAUGGGUGUACGUUGGUACUGGUGAUGGUCAUAAAAGAAGAAAAUGGAGAAACACUUUUAUAGACAUCUACCUAAACUUAAUUUAGAAAUGAUUUAAUCUAUGGCAAAGCACUCUGCCUCUAAAGAAGCAACAAAAAAGUAGAGGGAGGACAAAUGUAGAAAAAUACACAUCAACCUAGAAAUCUUAUUCCAAGUAGUCUCUGUGGAAGAUCCAAUAUUACAGAUUCACAGAUACUUAAGCAAUUUAGAACACAGUAAUUACUAAGAACACCAGAGAGGGAUCCUGGUUAUUCUACUGUGUUUCCUGUUUGACACUAGAAGAACAUAGCAACAAGAGUGACAGAGAGCUCAGAUACUUAAGGAUUCAAGAAGUGUGACAGAAGAAAACAAUUCCUAAAAUUAUCCCCUUCUUACAAAGGAAUGUCCAUAAUUUAUGGAGCUUGUGGGAAAUAAAACAAGAAUGCUUCCACCUAUGAAGCCAAAGUAAUCCAAGGAAGAGAGUAGAAACCAAUGGAUUAUUUUAGUAGUAAUUCAAACUACUGAAAUAGAGGGGGAAAAAAGUGUUGAAUUUGGACUAUUUCUGGAUCUGUUAAUGAAAUACUACUGUUUAUUUUUUUUUCUGUAUUUGAAAACAAUAAAAAUUCUAUAAUUUGGGCAUGA